AUGGAAGACAAGCCUAAAGCGCGUUCGUCGAGCAUUGACCUGGGAGCCACUGUCGUGGUGAAGAGAGAUGGAGAACUCCUUGGACAACGAGGUUCUGUGGUAGACAAGAAGCAGGGCUGGUACAAGGUCCAGCUCCCCGGGGUGGACGGCAUCAAGAGCUUCCGAUGGGCGGAAAUAAAAGAGAUGGAAGCCCCCCCGCCUUCGCCUCCCCCUUCGGCAAAUCCAAGCCCAAUCAAGCCUCAGGCACCAUCCCCGUCCAAGAAAAAUUCCUCCGAAUCCACGGCGGCGGCGGCGGCGGCAGUAGGUGUUGCCGGGGACAAAUCGUCGUCGAGAGGGAAAGCGGCGGGGGCGUUACCGCCGAGACAUCCGUCGACCGCGUCGGCUGCUUCCGCCGCGGACGAGAAAACGGUGACCAUGCGGCGGCGAUUAACAAGGGGGCAUCCCUCCGAGAAUGAUGCCGGUGUCACCCCUAGUUCCUCGACGCCGGAAGUUUCAGACCAACCGGACCAGGAGAGAGAAAAGGAGGAGGAGGAGGAGAAGGCACGAGGGGGGAGCGCAGGGAAAACGGCCGACGUAGAUGACGACGAAGAGACGGAGUCUGAGGCGAACCGCGAAGUAGACGAGGACGAGACUGAUCUGGACGACGUCGAAGAAGGGGGAGGGGGCGGAGAAGACACAGAUGUUGGCGAGGGGCACGAGGAGCGGGCGCGGGAAGAGGAAAAGGGGCACGGGGAGAAGAAGCAGCACGAGGAGGAGGAAGAGGAAGAGGAAGAGGAGGAGGAAGAGGAAGAGGAGGAGGAAGAGGAAGAGGAGGAGGAGGAGGAAGAUGUUGAUAUCGACGCUAUGGUAAAGCUUGCGGCGGCUGCGGCAAGAAAGCACAACGCCUCCUCACAGGCGAGGGCAUCAGGGGGAUCAGCCACAGCAGCAGAAGCAUCGUCGGGAACAGGAGCAGCAAGCUCCGGAGCAUCGGGGGAUAGCCGUGUACCAAGCGGUAAGGGGGUAACCAAGUCCCAGGCAGCGCGAAGACGGCCGCGCUUGAGCGGCGUGGCCCCGAGAACGCUCGACAGCGGUCUCGCGAGCCCCAAGUACCUCCAGUACAGUGGAACUGCAAAGGGGAAGAGUUUGACGGCCUCUGUGUCGUCGGGCGUGGUGGACGGCGGCAAGGCAGCCAAGCUCAUGGCGGGGAGCUCUCUUUACAGCGGCCGCGACAGAGCCAUGCUGUUGGAGAGGAGCAAGGCACCAAAGGACGACACGGCUGGAAAGGGUUGGUUCAACAUGGAGCAAGCGGAGAUGACGCCGGAGCUGAAGCGUGACCUGCAGGUCAUUCGCAUGCGGAACUACGUGGAUCCGAAGCGUUUCUACAAGGCUUCGGACAAGGUCUCCAAGUUCAUGCAGAUCGGCACCGUGAAGGAGGGCCCCUCGGAGUACUUCUCCUCGCGCAUGACCAACAAGGAGCGCAAGAAGACCCUGGUGGACGAGCUUCUCGUGGCCGAUGACGCUUUCAGGGCGUACUCCAAAAACCAAUACGGUUCCAUUCAGUCGAGAAAGAGGGCAGGAGGAAAAGCAGCCUACAACGACCAGAAGCGCAAGAGGAAGGGGGGCAUGCAAUGGAAGCCCUGA